CAACGACUCUCCAAUUACUACGGACGAAGUCUACUGUUUUUGAUCUUUUGACAUUCUUUCUUUACGAAAACAAAACCAAUGGCAUCAUACUCGGGCAAAAAUGUGGUCAUCAUAGGUGGUAGCCAUGGGAUCGGUCUAUCAACAGCUCAGCUUCUAGUUGACGAGGGUGCAAAAGUCCUCGUCACCGGCCGUAGCCCUGAACCCAUUGAAGCAGCAAAGCAACAGCUGAAAAAUAAGGCCGAAAUUGUGCAAUGCGAUAUCACUUCCACCGCGGCCAUAUCUAAUCUUGUUCAGACGGCGCAGUCCUCUUUCGGUUCUGGACAAGGCAUCGAUCUUCUGUUUGUCAACGCUGGUUAUGCUUCUCUGGAGCCAUUCGCUACCGUGUCAGAAGAGUCCUUCCGACGAACAUUCGACACUAACGUGUUCGGUGCCUUCUUCGUCGCGCAAAAGCUAUCCCCUCUCCUUAAAGAUGGCGGUUCCAUCGUAUUCACCACCUCGGUCUCAAAUCAGGUCGGUAUCCCUGGCAUGGCGAUAUACUCCGCCUCCAAGGCUGCCGUCCGGUCGUUUGUACAGACAUUGGCAGCGGAGCUGGUUGGUCGGAAGAUCCGAGUCAAUGCGGUCUCCCCCGGUUUUGUGAAGACCCCAACGAUGGGUGUUGCAAGUGCCUCGAGUGAUGAUCUACGGGAGUUCGAAAACCAGGGUGUUCAGACUACACCCCUAGGUAGGAUUGGAGAGCCGAUCGAGGUCGCGCGUGCCGUUCUGUUCCUCGCUUUCGAGGCGACCUUCACAACGGGCUCGGAGGUGACACUUGAUGGUGGGCUGGCGUUAUUGAAGGCACAUUAG